AUGGAUUUCGGCGAUGGUCGCGACAUAGCCGACAAAGAGCUCCCCCAUCUAGCGAGCGGAGCAGACAACCCUUCCAACGAACGACACGAGAAGGUUGGCAACCAGAGCCAAGAGCUCGAAGAGAUAGCCGACGAUGCCAAGUGGGUCGAAGAGAUGCUCGCAGAGAUUGCGAAGGUAGAGGAGGAACUCAAUCGCAUUGAAAGCCUCAUUCCCCAGGCUCAGGACCCUGUUUCCUCCCACCAUGCUCAAGUCUCGACCGGAUCCACAAUGGAACCCCCGCAUGACAUCGACGAGGCGUAUAAAUGCCUUGCCACUCUGAUAGAGGAACAUAAUUCUCUUAUAGCGCAAUACAAAGAACAUGUCGAAGAGAGCCAGUCGAUGCACCAGCGGCGCGAGCAAAUGGCCAAGAUCCGCAGGGAGAUCGUGCAAACGCUCCAAGAGAUGCACGCUUACGGCCAUGUGCCCGAGCACAAGCUCCAGGAGAUCCAGCAAACGAUCGACCAAUUGGACAAAGAGCAUAAGGAGAUGGAUCAGAGGCUCGACGAGGCUGUUAGAGAGAUCGAAGAGAUUGGGGGCAGGCUCGAUCAGAUCCACGCGCUAAAGGAAGUCCAGAUCAAAUAUCUCGAGGCCCAGGUUCCAGUUUCUCGUGAGCUGGAGAAUUCUUCGGCUGCGGCCGGGGCCUCGGCGAUUACGCUUGGCCAGUAG